AGAACUGAAGAAUCUAAAAAUUUUUCUAUCGUGCGCUUCGCAAUGUAGUUGCGUAACUUGAUGAUGAAUAACGCCGUAAGUGUCGUCAGGUGGAAUGUCACGUUGAGGUUAUGUUUACAACACGAAGGAAUACAAAACGCCGGAAUUGUCAUUUGAGCUUUACAUCACUACGCAUGGUCGAACGUGAUUGAUUAUCUGCGGUCAUGUGAAAACUUAACGUGACCUCGUUUAUCCUUUUGUGUUGCGGAAUCGACUCGGUCGCGAUAUCAUUUCAUGAUCUCGUGUGUCGUGUGUCUCCAAUUCGGUUUUCUGUCGUCGAUCAAUUAUUAAUUUUUUUUUUUUUUCACAAUGUUGGAAGGAGUGAAGCACGUGUUGUUAGUACUUUCAGGAAAAGGCGGCGUCGGCAAAUCGACAAUCAGUACUCAGCUGGCACUCGCCUUGAAGGAAUCCGGCUUUCGAGUUGGAAUCUUGGAUGUCGAUCUCUGUGGGCCUAGCGUGCCUUAUUUACUAAACUUAGAAGGGGAAGAUGUUCAUCAAUCCUCCGAAGGAUGGAUACCAGUAUUUGCCGAUUCAGAGAAGAAACUGUCUGUCAUGUCGAUUGGUUUCCUCCUGAAAAGUCACAAUGAUAGCGUGGUUUGGCGCGGACCCAAGAAGAAUGGUAUGAUUAAACAGUUUCUGACAGAUGUGGUUUGGCAGGACAUCGAUUACUUAAUUAUCGACACUCCACCUGGCACUUCUGAUGAACACAUUACAGUUAUGGAGAAUCUAAAAAAUGUCAAAUGUGACGGUGCAAUUAUAGUAACCACACCACAAGCAGUUGCAGUAGACGAUGUUCUGCGAGAAGUGACAUUUUGUAGAAAAACUGGAAUUCAUAUAAUCGGCAUCAUCGAAAACAUGAGUGGUUUUGUUUGUCCUUCAUGUACAGAAUGUACUAAUAUAUUCUCCUCAGGUGGUGGGAUAGCUCUUUCAGAAAUGGUAAAAGUUCCAUUCUUAGCUAAGGUACCUAUAGAUCCACAAGUUGGCAAGUUAGCAGAUAAAGGACAAAGUAUCUUGGUAACGUUACCCGACAGUCAAGUUGCACAGGUGUUUAGGAAAUUAGUGGAAGAACUUACCAAGAGUAAAGAGGCUUAAAAACAAUAUUCUGAAUUUGAACCAUAUAUGGUUUCCACUAUUGCGAUACCGCAUGUGAUGCUAUUAUCUCAUCUUUAUCUCAGAUAAAUUUAUAUAUAGAAGAUUGUAUAUACAAAUAUCUCUGUAAGAUAAUUGUUUUAUACCA